CUCACUCGUGGAAAAUUAUUGUACGGAAUUUUGACCUGACGCAGGACUGAAGAGGUGCCGGCGGAUCAGAGCUAGUGCAGCCCUCAGUUUGAAUUUUAGUACCAAUGUUGGCUCCAUCAGAGAUCACCAUCCUUCUCUUACCCGAUUAUAAAUAGCGAGAAAGAUGGAAAAGUAUCCAUUGAAUAUGCGUUCGUGUUUUGCAAGCAGAGCGCCGUGGAAGAAAGGGAAGCCGCCGAGAAUUGAAGAUCCGAGGUUGAAGAAGCUUCCAAUCCGUCAAAAUGAGCGCGCCUUGCGUGGCCGUUUCGGCGAUUUUUACAAUGCUGAGCUUAAUCGGGCUGAGGUGGUGGAUGUUCUCGUUGCUCGGGGGAAAUGGUAGGGUGGAUUUUGGGCAUACUGUGGAGUUGCUCGUCCAUUCGAAAAUCGCCAUUGCUUUGCUGUUGAAUUUAGCAGUUAAUGUGUAUAUUCUGGUUGCUCUUGCGCUCAAGGCAAUAUUCUUUGAGCAAAUAUAUCUUUCAGAGUAUCAAAAAGUGUUGGAACAACAUGUUGAUUAUGUUCUUUACAAGGGAACUUUACUUCCAUUGGUUGUUCCGCCUACUAUAUCACAAAUGGUACUCUGGUCAAUUUGGCUGGUUGUUCUUUGUUCCUUCAAGAUAUUUCAGUCACUUGUCAAUGCACGGUUAGAACUGUUGUACAUAUCCCCUACAGUAACACUGAGCAAAUACUUUCGUUUAUAUUCCGCUUUAGUGCUGGUGCUAGCUGCCGAUUUGUUUUGGAUAAGGUUGUGCAUGGUAGCAUAUACGUUCUUUGGAUCUACCUUGUUUUUGCUGUCAUUCUUCGAGCCUCUCAAUAUAGCUUUCGAGACACUGUUGGCCCUUACAGUGCAUGGAUUCUAUUCGACUGAGAUAUGGAAGAGGCGUUCCAUUGAUAAUGGAGCCUAUUGCUUGGCAUCACUUGAUUUCUAUAAAUCAAUAGAAGCUGCUGGAUUUUUUGCAGGGCAGAAAGGGACUCUUAAUCGAAAUUGCAGUUUUCUCCUCGACUUCUUAGCUUUAUCGAUGUCAGUUGGGCAUUACUUGAUGAUAUGGUGGCUACAAGGCACAUCAUUUUUCCUCGUAAACACAGUUCUUUUCGUGUAUUUGUGUCGUAUUCUGAAUAAAAUGGUGAAGCGAGUGAGAUGUUUCAUCAACUUGAAGAAUGAUCCAAUUUCCAUAGGUGAAGCAUUUCCUGAUGCUACUGAUAAGGAUUUGUCUGUUUUCGAUGACCAGUGCGCAAUUUGUAGAGGACCAAUGGCCAAGGCUAAAAAGCUACCUUGCAACCACUUGUUUCAUCUUGAUUGCUUAAAACUAUGGCUGGAUCAGGGCUGCACCGAGGCUUACUCUUGUCCCACUUGUCGAGGACUAUUAUUUGUUUCAAGUUCUGAAAAUAAGACGAACUCUCUCGCCUCUCAAGUCCCAGAUAAUGCGCAUAUUGCCGGAUCAAUCAACCCAUUUCCUGCUGCAAUCUCCAUCCAACCAUCAACACGUUGAGGUUUUGUUUCUCUUUUUUUUCUUUUUGGGAAAUUUGCAUGCAUGCCACAUAAUUCUUAUGUAUUUGCAUAUCUAACACCCAAGGUUCGAUUUUUAACACUUCUAUAAUAUUUUGGUAUAAUGAAAUUAUGCAUGAAGAUGUGUAUUUCACUUUUCAAAAAUCAAUGAUGGUGAUAUUUUUGAUGUGAUGUUACAUAUUUGAGCGGUAUGCAUGUAAAUAUGAAUGCUUAGAUGUUUUCAAGGCAGAGGGUAAUGUGUUCUGUCUGAUUUUCAAGCUUUGAAAGCUAUUUCUGUACUAAUUUCUAUUGUGAAAUUCAAUCUAUGGUUGGUCUGAUGCCCUACUGUUCUUGUGCCCUAUGCUCAUUUAAUA